CACCACACUCCGCCGCCAGCAUGUCCUUCGCCACGCCCCAGCUCGGCCGCUUCGGCCUGCCGCCGGCCGUCAACGAGCCCAUGCGCAACUACGAGGUCAAGUCGGCCGACCGCGCCGGCCUGCAGGCCGCCGUCGAGGCGAUGCGCGCCGCCGGGCCCUUCGACGUGCCGUGCAUCGUCGACGGCGCCGAGGUGCGCACGGGGCGCACGCAGCAGCAGCGCAACCCGGGCAACCACGAGCACGUGCUCUGCACCUACCACGAGGCCGACGCCGCGCUCACCGAGAAGGCCAUCGCCGGCGCGCUCAAGGCCAAGGCGCAGUGGGAGGCCAUGCCGUGGAACGACCGCGCGGCCAUCUUCCUCAAGGCCGCCGACCUCAUCGCCGGCAAGUGGCGCUUCCCGCUCAUGGCCGCGACGAUGCUGGGCCAGGGCAAGAACGCGUGGCAGGCCGAGAUUGACGCGGCCGCCGAGUCGUGCGACUUCCUGCGCUUCGGCGUCAAGUUCGUCGACGAGAUGUACAGCAUCCAGCCGGCCGAGCACUCCAAGACGGUGUACAACCGCUCCGAGUACCGCGCGCUCGAGGGCUUCGUCUUUGCCAUCUCGCCGUUCAACUUUACGGCCAUCGCCGCCAACCUCGUCGGCGCGCCGGCGCUCGUCGGCAACACGGUCGUGUGGAAGCCGAGCCCGAUGGCCAUCUACAGCAACUACCUCGUGUACAAGAUCUUCGAGGAGGCCGGCAUGCCCGCCGGCGUCGUGCAAUUCGUGCCCGGCCCCGCCGAGGAGAUCGCCAGCACGGCCAUCGCGCACCGCGCCUUCGCGGCGCUGCACUUCACCGGCUCGACGCACGUGUUCCGCUCGCUGUGGAAGCAGAUCGCAGGCUGCAUGGACAACUACGUCGGCUACCCGCGCAUCGUCGGCGAGACGGGCGGCAAGAACUUCCACCUCGUGCACAAGAGCGCCGACGUCGACGCGGCGGUGCACCAGGCGAUCCGCGGCGCGUUCGAGUACCAGGGGCAGAAGUGCAGCGCGCUGAGCCGCCUGUACGUGCCGCAGAGCAUGUGGGCCGGCGGCUUCAAGGAGAAGCUGCUGCGCGAGAUUGCGUCGAUCUCGCAGGGCCCCGUGGAGCAGUUUGAGCACUUUAUGGGCCCCGUCAUUGCGCGCCACAGCUACGACAAGAUCCUCGGCCUCAUCGACGCCGCCAAGAAGGAGGGCGGCGAGGUGCUGUGCGGCGGGCGCGGCAACGACGCCACGGGCUUCUUCGUCGAGCCGACGGUCAUCGAGACGCGCGAGCCGCGCAGCGUGACGAUGGUCAACGAGAUCUUCGGGCCCGUCAUCACCGUCUACGCGUACCCCGACGAGCAGUUUGAGGAGACGUGCCGCAUCAUCGACACGACGACCGAGUACGCGCUGACCGGCUCCGUCUUUGCGCGCGACCGCUACGCCGUCAUCACGGCGAGCAACCUGCUGCGCAACAGCUCGGGCAUGUUCUACAUCAACGACAAAUGCACGGGCGCCGUCGUGGGGCAGCAGCCGUUUGGCGGCGGACGCGCCAGCGGCACCAACGACAAAGCCGGCAGCAUGGCCAUCUUCCUGCGCUUCGUGCAGCAGCGCACGAUCAAGGAGACGAUGAUCCACCCGGAGCACUACAGCUACCCGAGCAACAUCGUCUAGCUCACAGCACGUCCCGCACGCCGGGCGCGGCCCCGCCGGCGCGCCCCGCCCCUUCUCUCGUCUCCGCCUGAUCCGUGUCACCGUCGCAUCCGUCCAUCACGAUAUCCCCCGCCCCUCGCGCAGCAGGGCUUAACACAGCUGCGGGCCGGCCCCGGCCGCCCUCUCCCACACACAUCAUCAUGCCGCGUCACCCACCCCAUGUAGCGUCGAUUGCAACGCCUUAACACCUGCAAGCCCACCAUCACCCAUCA